GACAAAUACAGAUGAUGUGGUCGAAUAAUAACAAAUAUAUCGAAUAACCAACCUUUGCAAUAACAUAACGGGGUGAAUAUUGCCUAAUUGGUUUGAAACCUGACCAGUUAUUUGGUGUUUCCUCUUCGACAAGUUUCUGGGAUUCGUAUAAAAAGUACGGUGUUGGUUCUCAGAAUAAGAUUCUCCUUCAGUCCUCAUACAGAACAACAUGGUUUCUAAGUUUAUCGUUUUGGUAGCUUCAUUGGCCUUCGCCAACGCCGGAAAUCCACAGUACGAAUUCGGCUACGAUGUACAAGAUGGUCUGACUGGAGACUCCAAAAACCAAUUUGAAACCCGCAGUGGUGACUUCGUUCAAGGUCAAUACUCACUCAAUGAUCCUGACGGUACCAGACGUAUUGUUGACUACACUGCUGAUCCAAUCAACGGUUUCAACGCCAAUGUUCGCAAAGAACCUCUGAUAUCCAAGGCAGUUGUUGCUGCUCCAGCGAUUGCUAAAAUAGCUGCCGCACCAGUUCUUCCCGCUCUGAGAACCGGCGCCAUCUUGCCUCAACCUGCCAUCGCUGCCGCACCUCUUCUGAGAUCUACCAUUGCCAGUGCCCCACUUCUCAGUUCAUAUGCUGCUCCAGCAAUUGCAGGAUCUCCUUUGUUGAGAUCUUAUGGAUACGGUUUGAAUUCCGGAUCUAUCUUGGGCUCUAACACGAUCUUAUCAUCAAGAUUGGCUGCACCUUCCUUAGCAUACUCAGCUGGAUUAGCUCCAUCUCUUGGAUACUCAGCAGCUUAUGCACCAUCUCUUGGAUACUCAGCAGCUUAUGCACCAUCGCUUGGAUAUUCAUCUGCCUAUUCUUCAACUUUGGGAUAUUCAGGAGCCCUUGGUUACUCAAGUCUAGGAAAGUUAGCAUCACCAGCUCUUGGCUACUCUACACUUAUCCACUAAGAAUAUGAUUUUGUACAUAUCCUAUUGAAUUUUCAAAAUAUUCUAUAACUCAAAAAUAAAUUAUUCGAAUAGUA